AUGUCCAGCCUGGAGGAGCACUAUUGGAGCUUCUCCCACUUGGAACGCGAACACUCGCCGUUGUGGUCUGCGACCAACUGGUUGGCGUCCAAAGGCGAGGAAAUGAUGUCCAUCAUCACGUCGGUGCUGAGCAGCGCCUGCGGCUCGCUGCACCGCCACCGAACGUUCAACUUGAUCCGCCGCGGCCUGGUGCUGUUCGCCGUGGGGGUGAUCCUCGCCCUGGUGCUCAACUUGCUGCAAAUCCAACGCAACGUCACGCUCUUCCCCGAGGAGGUGAUGAGCACCUUGUUCUCGCCCGCCUGGUGGAUCCCGCCGUGCUGCGGCACCGGGGCAGCGGUGGUGGGCCUGCUGUACCCGUGCCUGGACAGCCAUCUUGGCGAGCCGCACAAGUUCAAGCGGGAGUGGGCGAGCGUCAUGAGGUGCAUCGCCGUCUUCGUGGGCAUCAACCACGCCAGCGUUAAACUGGACAUCGACAACAGUGUGCAGCUGUCGCUCACGCUGGCCGCGCUGUCGCUGGGCCUCUGGUGGACCUUCGACCGCUCACGUAGUGGCUUCGGCUUGGGCGUCACCACGGCCUUCCUCGCCACCGUCUUUACACAGCUGCUGGUCUACAACGGCGUCUACCAGUAUACAUCUCCCGACUUCUUGUACGUGCGCUCCUGGCUGCCGUGUAUUUUCUUCUCCGGCGGCGUCACCGUGGGAAACAUCGGACGCCAGCUGGCCAUGGCUGGUGUGGAGAAGCCACACAGCGACUGAAAGCAACGUCACAAAAGUGUGGUUUGAGAAAAAUAGCCUUUGGACCUAUGUGCCAUGUGACCUCAUGGAGGCCCCGCCCACCACAGCUUCAAAAACCGACAGGACAGCGUUUGCCUCUUUUUGAAUUUUUUUUCGAAGCUGGUUUGACUUUGAUUUGACAGUCUUUAAAAGGGAACCUUUCUGGAUUUUUCUGGCAUGCAAGGAAUUCAGACCAAUAUUGUUUCUGGGGAGUUGCCCAACUUUUUGCCUGCAUUUUCUUCUUUAACGUGAUUGUACCACACGUCACGGAAGAAUGAAGAGCGACAGGAAAUGUAUGCAGGAGUGCCAAUUCGGCUAGUUGCAAACUAGCAUCACGUCUGCAAAGUAUACAUUUAUUUCCUUGUGUGCGUAAAGCUAUUUAAGCAUCAUUAAGAGACACAAAGACUGCUGCGAGUAUUUUUGUGUCCACCAAGUUCCUCCAGUGUGGGGCUGCGACACGAUUGCUUUGUCUACGAACUGCCAGGAAAAUAGUCUUAAGUGUUAUAUAUAUAUAAAAAACUAAUAAUCUACCCCCAAAUUUCAUGAUUUGGUCCGAUUUAAGAAUAAUGCCACCAAUAAUUAGCAGUGCUGGACGAAUCAUCAGCCAGUGUCGUUCUCAAACAAAUCCAAGUUUUAGAGGAAUAGAUCCCAGAAAUUGCCCUGCGAUUGGCUGGUGACCGGGUCAGGAUGGACCCUGCCUCUCACCCGUAGUCAGCUGAGAUAGGCUCCAUCAUACUCACGACUCUAGUGAGGCUAAGCGGUGUAGGAAAUGGAUGGAUGGGCCCCAGAAAUUAUCCAGUCCCACAGAAAUAGAAGUCCGAGCAAAGUCACAAAACUCAACCCAGAAAUUAGCAGGUUGCAGAGAUCAUAUAUUAGCAACCCAGAAGAAAGUCAGUGUCUGGGAAGGUAAUUGAAGUCAUGAAUUAGCUGUUGUGAGUGGAACGGAACCCAGAAAUUAGCCGGCAUAAAAGGGAAAUGGAAGUCAGAUGUUGGCUGAUGUAGGGGAAUCUGGGUAUUUAGGCAGUCACAGGAACAAGUCGCUUGCCAGUGCAACAAAACAGAACCCAGGUAGUAACCUGUCUCAGACACACGACAUUAGCAAAAUAUCUAGGAAAUACAACUCAGAAAAAAAAGAGUGGGAAUGUAGAAGUCAAAUAUUAGCCAUUGGUGGAGAAACAGAACCCAGGAAUUAGACAGUAUCGGGGAUGUACACAUAAUGUCUGAUGUGGGAGAAACAGAACAACAGAUAGCCAAUAUCACAAGACUGAAAGUCAAAGUUUCUGGUGUAGGUAAAAUACAACCCAGGAACUAGUUUACGCCUUAGUUAAAAAACAAACAAAAAACAUCCAGUAUCAGGGGGGAAUUGUAGUUGGAUAUUAGCUGAUGUUUCAGAGAAAUAAUCCAGGAAUGAAUCAGUAGCACAGCAAUGACAGUCAAAAAGUCGCCGGUAUGGGGAAUAGCUCGUAUUAGACAGUUACAGAUACCAAGUAAAGGCCAGUAAUUUGGGAACAAAAAUUAGCUGGUGGAGAAAAAAAUAGAACCCAAGUCCCAGAGACCAGAAGCUAGCCUGCAUCGCAGGAGUAGACCCCAGAUAUGAACUGGCAUCAGAAGGGAAAAUGUCUGCAAUGAGACAGUAUUACAGUAAUGGAAGUCAAACAUUAACUGUAACUGGUAUUAUGUUGUCAAAGCCCCAGAACUGAACCAGUAUCCUGAAUGGAAGUCAGAAAUUGCAUAAUGCAGAAGAAAGAAAAACCCAAAAAUGAGUUUGUAUCAGAGGGCAAGACUCCAGGAACUAGCCAAUACCCAAAGAAUUGAUUCCUCAGUGACGGAUGCUUUUUAAUCUGUCAAGUGUAUUUUUGGGAAGGGGCCAAAGUCUAUCUUUGCAAUCUGUGAUUGCCCGUGUAUUGUAAUACUGUAUUAAUGUAUUCUAGAUAAUAGAUGGUGCUUUUGUCACUAUCAAGCAUUGUGGGGUUAUGGACUUACUGUACAUAAAUGACACUAUGGCUUGCAAACAGACACACAUUCAGGUGUUAUUACUGUCAGUAUGUUAACUUGGUGAGAGGUGAAGUGCAAUCAGUACACACACACACACAGGCCAAUUAUGGAUUCAUAUUUACGAUUUCUGACAAAUGCAGUGAGCAAUAUAACAUGUCAGAAGUCAGGCUGCUCAAUUGAUCCUGUGUCAAAGUUGAUUCAGCCACAUUGCGGAAGGAAUGAGAACUCGUUUAUUUUUCUAUAAAAUGAAACAUUGAGGUGGAGGAAGAACAUUUUUUGGUUUGGAGGUGAUGAAGCACCUCGUUCAUGCUUUUUUGUGUGUGUGUUUCAGCCUUUUAUAUGCUAUCUAAAAUAAAAUACAUGUGGAAAUGA